UUUCAGAUUAUUGCGUCAAGAAAUUAAAUAUUUCUUAAAUCAUCGUCAGAGUUAGACAAGGAAAAAAAAAGAAAAAGAAAAAAGACAUGGAGAAACGGCAGGAGGUACUAGCUCCAUUUUCGUCUGAUAACAAGAAGCGUUAAUACUUCUCAUUACGUUUCAAUCAAUGAUAAAACGAUUAUUGGACAACAUUACAAAUUCGAUGGAUUAACGGAUAUAUCGUCGUUUGAUCGAUGAUUUCAUUUAUAUCGAAAAUUUGAAUCAAAUAUCUAUUGUAUAUAAUAGCGCGCCAAAGAGUUUAAAAUAAAUGUGUAAAGGGAAUCGUUGAAUAUAUAUAAUAGAGGAAGGGGGGGAGGAGAAAAAUUGGAGCCUGUAGAAUGAUUAUAAAUUGUGAAGUAUGAUGUGAAUCGGAGGACUGAAAGGACGACAAAAAAAGACGACGUAGGGAAGGUGGAGAUGGAGAUGAAAAGGUAGAGAAGAAGGAUGAAUGUCCCAAUAGCGGAGAGGAUAGCGAAGAGGAUGUAAUAACGGACUAUCUUGGCUCAUCGCAUUCCGACUGUGACCGUGUGCCUACUAUUAAUGGAGAUCUUGGUGGCCUGAGUCUACAUGGAAAUAUAGUCACAGAAACUGGUUAUACCGAAGAUAAUACCAAUAAAACAAUCACCAUGUCUGGAGGGAAUUCUGAGCAGCAACAGCAACAUCCGUUGCUUACACUUGGUACUAAUAUUCAAACUCAGCCUAAUCCUCUUGUACCCAUUAUUAGUGUCACACCUCAUUCUCCUGGUUUUGCUAAGAACUAUCCUGUAUUAGAGGACAAUCUGCAGCAUUUGCAUGAAAUUCAUGACUGGAUUCAACGUAUGAGAGAUUUGACGAUGAAUACUUUGGGAAACAAUAAUCGUAUGCCCCACGAUGUACCUCAGAGACUGACCUCUUCGUGUCCUUCCUUAUGUCCAUUGAUACUUAUAGAGGGUGGACAUCGUUCCAAUAAUCAUGAAGCAGGAUCUGAUCCAGAUCUCCUUGUUAACUGUUCAACCAAUAGCUCUCCGACACAUUUUCCAUCUAUGAACUCUCAUGCACAACCUGUACAGGGCAUAGACAGAAGACGAAGUUGGACAGAUUUGGAAGAUACUAGACGUGGCCGACGCAGAUAUUCCGGGCAAAAUCAUCUGCAAGCACAAAAUAUGCGACAACGCAGCAUUAGUUUAAGUAGUCUGGACAGUGAAAUGGAACUAGAACUAGAUGGAAAAUCUUGUAGUGGACCUGUAGGGGUAGGUAAUCGAGCAUGCAGAUCACAAGCAAGUACUCAUUCCUUAAAUGAGGCAGACCUUGUGCAGAGUGAAUAUCAGAAGAUUGUCUUAAAAAGAAAUAGUCAAAGAUUAGGUGAAAGUAGCAGUUUGAUGCCAGGUUUAACUGGUGCACGUUUACCUCUCCAGAAAUCUAUUUCGACCCCUUCCAUCGUUACACCGCCAAUUCAUACGCAUCUCACUGAGUCCGGAACACGAACAACACCUUCUCUUGCAGCAGAAACUGCAUAUGAUGAUCAACAUUCUGAGAAGACCAGAAGAAAGCGUGGCUCUAUUUUCUUCCGUAAGAAAAAGGAUAAAAGUGGGAAGAAAAAUAGUCAACAGCAACAUACAUGGACCACAAUGACAACUGGAGCACAGGGAAAUCAUCAAUGUGAUGUUUGCAUGAAGCAAUCAACGAGUAAACCAAUUCUUCAUUGUGAAAAUUGCGGAUUAUCGGUACAUCAAAGUCAAGGAUGCAAGGAUCAUUUGGUAUCAGAAUGUACCAAGUCUAAGCAUCAGUCUGUAAAAGCUGUUAUAAAAUCAACAUCAAGUAUUUCUUCGGUUACAAGUAACAAUAGCGUGAAAAGAGGUUCGACGGCAUCGUUACCAUUACCAACAUCAUCUGGAAGUGGAAGGGAAAUUAACAGCAAGAAAACAGUGACAAGCUACAGCCCUUGGCGGCGAGUUGCCACCAAGCUCGGAGUCAAUCAAACAAUUAAUGAGGAAAAGGAUACAGAUGGUAGUGGUUCACAUCGGGAUGCUUCCAGUGGUUGGGAAGAAUUCGAUUUUGGAGAUGAAGCGCAUCAGUUUACUGUAGGUGAUCUUGAAGGCUUAGAUCCUGAACUGGGCUUAGGAAAGGAAGAACCUGAUUCAUGGAGUACAGCCAUUGGAAGACACGUAGCAUCACGUCUCGUAGAUCAUUGUGAACGCGAAGUGAAGAGGCAAGAGCAUAUAUAUGAAUUUGUGUUAACAGAGAAACAUCAUUGCUUAGUAUUGUUAGCCAUGGAAAGGAUCUUCGUGGAAGGUUUACGACGUCAUUUCCGUUUGGGACAACCAAAUCUAGAACGAAUGUUUCCAAGAUUACGUGAUCUCAUCGAAAUUCAUUUAAGAUUUCUACAGAAAUUACGUAAACGUCAAAAUGCAAAUUCUGUUGUUCCUACUAUCGCCGACAUACUCGUCGAACAAUUCUCAGGUGAAAAUGCGCAACGUAUGAAAAGUGCAUAUGGAGAAUUUUGUAGUCGUCAUAGAGAAGCCGUUGAAACUUAUAAGUAUUAUUUGCAUCAUGAUACUCGAUUUGAACGUUUUGUACGUCACUGUCAGACAAAUCCUUUGUUGAAGAAGAAGGGUAUUCCAGAAUGUAUAUUGUUCGUUACACAACGUUUAACAAAAUAUCCAUUACUAGUCGAACCACUUAUUAAAACCGGUAUUAUGCAAGAUGAAGGAGAGAGCUUGAGAAAAGCUUUGGGACUAGUGAAAGAAAUUUUAGCUGAUGUAGAUGCGUGCGUGGCAGAUAAAGAAAGAGAAGAUAGAAAAUUAGAGAUUUAUAAUAAGAUUGACGCGAAAUCGUUUGCCACGUACCGUGGUGCCAAGUUCAAAAAAUCGGAUAUAAUGGCAUUUAAUAGAAUUUUAAAAUUCGAAGGCACGGCAUAUUUAAUGCAAGGUCGUGGAAAAACGACUGCCAUCGUCGUAGUAGUACUUUCCGAUAUAUUAUUCUUCUUAGUUGAAAGAGAUCAAAAAUAUGCUUUCUUAGUUCCGGACAAUAAAGCUGCUAGUGUGGUAUCGUUACAAAAAUUAUUGGUACGAGAAAAAGCUGGCCAAGAAUCUAGGGGUAUAUACUUGAUAAGUAGCAAUCCGGCGGAACCUGAAAUGUUUGAGUUGAAAGUUCAAAAGCCUAAGGACAAACAAUUCUGGAUUCAAGCAAUACGUUCGGCAGUUGAGGCUUGUCCUCAAGAACCUGAAAAUGACACGGACGUUCUCAUGGAUGGCAAUAGUAAUAAUGAAUUAAGGGAUACACGUUCUUCCUCCAUAUCGAUGCUUUCCGUCGAAGAAAGGCAAAAAAUGAUUAAAGCUAAGGAAUCGCACAUAUUUAGAAUUGUCGGUGAAUUACGAAAGAAGGACGCGGAACAGGCGUUGCUGUUCGAAGAAAAAAUUAAUUUACAAGUACGACUUCUACGUGCAUCUAAUAUUUGGAAUGAAAAUGAUAGUGAUCAUGAAAAAACGGAUAAAGUGGAAAAAGAAAUUCGCGAUUAUACACGUCUUGUUCAGAUGGAGGCGACGGAUACCACACAACUAUGGCAAGAGGUUGUCGUCGCUGUACAGGAAGCCACACGAUUGGCCAGUUCAUUGUCAUUUAGCACUGGUGGUGCAACACUUUCUAGAAGUUUAAGUUCAGCGGGCGAACGCCAUAGCGAAGCUUACGUUCCACCAGCUCUUUGCGUUCCUAGACGAGCAGAAACAUUUGCUGGUUUCGAUAAUAACAAAGAAAGAUAUCCUGUACGUGAAUCAGCGGCGAUGAAUGUAGGAUCAUCUCUCCCAAAAGUUGGUGAAUUUUCGAAAGAAAGUCCCGAGGAUAAAGAAAGUUCAGAAUUGGACGCGAACAAAGAUCAACAAUGGACUGCGAUACGUUUAUCUCAUCACGUUUAUACUUUGCUUUGUAUAAUCAGUAAUCAAAUGACGACAAUCGAUAGUCUACAAGCGCAAUUAGCUGCAUGCAAGGAGGGAAGUAUGGGAAAAUCAUCGAAUAACAGGCCGAAUCCAAAUCGUCAAUUGGAGGAGUUGAGAAAUUUGCAGGAUCAGCUUAGCAGGGAAAAGGCAGCGUUUCGUGCUGCUUCUCAGCAAGAAAAAAAUCAAUUGGAAGAGGAACGUGCAGAAUUGGCAAGGCAGAGAGAACAAUUGGCUGCAGAACAAAGGGACGUUACUCAACAGCGAGAUCAAUUGUAUCGUCGAUUGGAGGCGUUGGAACGUCAAGGUUUAAAGGCAGGCUCUACUACGGGUCCAACGACAAUUCAUUUGUCACACGUGACACAGGCUACAGAAAUUGUACAACCACGGAAGUCUCAAGCAGACGCUAAGAGAAUACCUAUGAAUUUAAUCAGCGCUACCAAUCAACAGAAAGUACAAAGUAAUGUUCCUGUGAAGCAACAACUCCCAUUGAAGCUCGCAAGUGGAAGUAAUAACAAUAGCAGGAGCGGAAGUACUGCGAGCCACUAUAGUCCGGAUCGGCAUACUAGAACAGGAAGUAGCCCUGCUAUCGUAACCGGAUCUACGUUCUCUUCUCCUGAACUCGGCAAUAGUCAUGGUAAUAGUGGCACCACGAGUCAAAUACAUUCCUCUAAUCGAUCUCUUCGAAACACACGAUCUCCUCCUGAAUCGUAUCAACAACAACAUCAACGAGCGGAACAGCAACAACCUUUGGAGGAGGAGGUGAUCUUUUUCUGACGACUCUUUCGAUUCGGACGAAAACAUUCGCGUAAUACACGUCCAAAUACCGAUGGAGCUACUCCGACGUCUGUACAAACACCUCCGCAAUCUAGAUCAAGAGAUAGUCAGACUAGAAGCCGGGUUAAGUCCUUUUGACUUUCAACUUUCAGUCGAUAAUAAGACUGAUCGUUAUUUCUAUUUUCAUUCUUUUCCUCUUACCCUUUUUCAUUCUUUUACUCUUUCUUUCUAUCUAUCUAUCUAUCUAUCAAUCUAUCUAUCUAUCUAUCUAUCUAUCUAUCUUUCUCUAUUAGCUUCUCCUUUAUUCCUGCAACUUUUGAUAUCUUUUGAAAUCUAAUUCUUGAAACAAAACGAAGGAAAAAAAAAAAAGAAAAGAAAAAGGGUAGAUCAAGAAUAUAAGAAAGAAGGUUGCAGGUUUCGGAGAAUUUUACAAUACAAGUACGCGAAGGAACUUUCAAUGUGCUAUAACGAGGAGCACGAUAUAUGUCGUUUACUUAAAUGCGAUAAAAAAGAAAAAAAGAUAAAAAAAAAAAAAGGAAAGAAAUAAGAAUUAAAGGAAGCGAUUGAAAAAAAAAAGAAACAGAAUAAAAAAGAAAAUAAAAAUAAAAAUAAAAAAAAAAAAAAAAACGAGGAACAAAACAAAAUAAAAUAAAAUGCAAUGUCACUUUGCUACAACUGCUAUCGGAGGCAAUAAUUCAAAUUCUCAUGCCAAAUCUCUAAAACAAUGACUGUGCGAAGGACUAUUAAAAGAUGUGCAAUUCCGAUUGCAGUCGGGAAAGCGAAAAAAAAAAUAUAUAAAUAAAUAAAUGAAUAAAACAAAGUGAAAUGAAAUGAAGUGAAAUAAAAUAAAGCAAAAAAAAAAAAAAAAUAAAAGAAGAAGAAGAAGAAGAAGUAUUAGAAACAGGCCGGCUUAGUGAGGUAGAAACCAGCCAUCUUGUUGAAUCCUUGCUCGUUAUGUUAUUAAAAGCCGACUGAACGUUUUAGAAACGCGCGGUUUUAGACGAAUCUUUUAAGUAAACCUGUUGCUGCUUGCUGAAAAUGCAAGAUAGAUAUGAGUACGUAUAUAUUACGGUUGCAUAUAUUCAUGAAUGUGUAUAUAUAUAUAUAUAUAUACUUUAUCAUAAGUAUAUACAUAUAUAUAUAUAUAUAUAUAAGACUCAUAUGCUUAAACGCGUCUAUUAUGUGUGAAGAAAAGGAGCGUACGAGUCUCUGCUGUUAUGCUAUCUAUAAUAAAGCGCGUGCGCUUAAAAUUUCAAAAACACAUACGAGCACAUUUUAUGUAUAUAUAUAUAUACAUAUAUAUGUGUAUGUAUAUAUAUAUAUAUAUCUUAUCUGUAUAUGCAUGUAUCUAUUAUGAUGAAUGCGCGGGUAUUUCUCGUGUGGUAGCUAUUCUUAUACCAUAAACUUUAAAAGUAUUUUAAUACGUGCUAAAAAAUGAGACGGGUAAAAUUUACCAACUGUUUAUAACAAUAAUUAAUUAAUUAAUUAAUUAAUUAAUCAAUUAAUCAUUGUUUUCCGUGUGCCAAGUUGUUCGUUGAUUGAAGUCGAGUUUUCAAAGUGUAUUUGUUUCUUUUCCUUUUUUUUUUUUUUUUUUUUUUUUUUUUUUUUUAACAAUAAUUAGAUCGUGAUCGAUCGAUGUAAUUGAUAAAGCAUGAUCGAUCGAUACAUCUUAUAGAGAUCAUUUCUCAUUUUAAAAAAAUCAACUCUAUUUCCCAAGUAUGUAAAUAAAUAUAUACAUUCAUACAUACAAACAUACAUACAUACAUACAUACAUACAUACAUACAUAUACACAUACAUACAUACAUAAGCGAGACAAUUUGUGAUUGAAAUUUUUUUUCGAGAUUAUUCACUGCCAUUAUUGUUAUAUCCGCAUUAUUUUCAUCGAUUAUCUAUGUCGAUCAUUUUAUUUAUUAUUACAUUACGUAAGUAAGAAGACCGGAUAUAAACAUUUUAGACUGUUCCGAUUAAUUAAUAUAAUUUCUAUUAUUCUUUUUUAUAUAUCUACACGCAAAAAAAAAAAAGAAGAAGAAGAAGAAAGUUCGUAUCGUUAAUUGUGAAGGAAAAGAGAAAAAAAAUGCAUUUUUCGAUAAGUAUUAUGCAAAGUGCGAUCAUAAUGCACGCUCUGAGUGAAAACGAGAAUCAUCUCUCAUUCUUUCUAAUGCAUUUACACACGUAUAUACAGAGUGUUUACAAUGAAACGCUAAAAAAAAUUAGGACCUUUUAUCGUAAACAUCCUGUGUGAAGCAUAUAUAUAUAUAUAUAUAUAUAUAUAUAUAUAUAUAUAUAUAUAUGCUUCAUCUUCUUUGAAAAUUCUAUUUAUUGUAAACAUAUAUAUCUUGAAUUAAUAGUAAAGUAAGCUGAUCAUAGAUAUAUCGAUAUAUCAAUAUCAUUGUCUUUCAAUGAAGCAAAUAUAACAAAUCUUAUAUUGUAUUAAAAAAAUAUUGUUUGACGCUUAACAAUAUAUAUAUAUAUAUAUAUAUAUAUAUAUAUAUAUAUCGCUUUUAUUAUUAGCAAUUAUAUUACAGUUUUCUACUUAUCUCUACGGGAUAGAGAAGAAAUUUAAAAAGAAGCAAAAAAUCAGAGUAUUAUUAUUAUUAUUAUUAUCAUCAUUUAAACAUUUAAAAAAAAAAAAAAAAAAAAAAAAAAGAAAGAAAAUCUAUAUAUGGAGAUUGUCUCUCUUUCUCUCUUUCUCUCUCUCUCUCUUUCUCUUUCUCAUUAUCAUUUUAUAUAACUUAGAAAAGAAAUCUUAUAAUUGCUUGUACAGGUCACUAAUUUGCCUGAUUUAACGUGUUAUAGCGUGCAAUAUGAUCGAAUAAUAAAUAGCGUCAUUGUGGGCCACCAUGAUGAUGCAAAAUGCGCGACUAAAAUUAAUUAAUUUAAUAAGAGAAACAUAUAUAAUAAUACUACCAAGUUCGUCUCAAUCAAUCGUGGUGACAAUAGUUAUUAAAAAGUAUUCUAUAAGAAAUUUCAAUUGUGAGAAAAGAAAAAAAAAAAAAAGAAAAAAAAAAAGAAAAAAAAAAGAAAAGAAAAAAAAGAAAAAAAAAAGCAAAACAAAACAAACAAAAAUAAUCAUACAAGUCUAUUAUUGAAAUGUGUCGAGAAACAUGUAGAAAAGCCCGUACAUGAUAUAUCGUAUUUUUAGCUAUUAGUAAACCUUUAAAGAUGAAUGUUCGACUUCACGUUUCGUAUAUUCUAUUCAAAGUACACGUAGAAAGCUAAUUAGAUCGGGAUAAGUGCAAGUGUUUUA